CGGACCCCAUCUGUUCUGGUAUCGUGGCGGCGUGUCGCUCAGAGCUGACCGUUCUGGAGCAGCUUCGCGCUCAGCUGGACCCGCUGGGCGCCUACCGAGCGCCAGUUCGCCGUACCAGCGGCCGGCGCUGGCCGAACUCACAGCCUCGGUCCAGCAGUGGUCGGCGCUGCGGACGGCCGCCAUGGCCGUGGAGCGGCACGCGGACCGGCGCACCCAGCUGCGGGACCGCCUCAGGACGUUCCGGCACGUGCUGGCCGUGCUGGAUGAGCAGGCGGGCAGCGCCGGACGCCAGCUCGCCACCGUCGACGACUUCGAGGACCGGAUCGGAGCCGUGAAGGCCCUGCAGCAGCAGCUGGCAGACCGACGGCUGCAGCUGGUCGACAUCAAUGCCGACGUGCACGGCUAUGUCGCCGGCGGCGGGCACAGCUCGCUCAAAGACGACGUGGCCAGCCUGUACCGCAUCUGGGACGAGGUCAGCCACAGAACACAGUCCCAGCUGGAGCACCUGUCGGACGCCGCUGCCACCUGGCGCGAGUUCGAGGCGGAGCGGGCGGCUCUGGCGGCCGACAUGGAGGCCGACAGACGCCGCCUCUCCGUGCUGCAGCGGACCAUCGACGGCAGUGCGGACGGCGCCGACUCCGAGCCGACGGGGGCGGACGCCGCCGGCGCGGCGGCUCGGCGGCCCGCACUGACGAGCGCCGACCGGGGCUCGGUGGCCGGGCGGUCCGGCGGCGGCCCGGACGAGCUCUCCGAGGGCACCUCCGGCUACGACAGCGCCUGCUCGGACGAGCUCAGUGAGCGCGAGCGCCGGCUGGGCCGACUGAGGCGCAUGGCCAACGGCCUGGAAACGCUGCUGGCGCCGGCCGGGCCCGCCUGGAGCGGCAUCACGCACAGCCUAUCGGAGGUGAGCACCGACCUGCGGCAGCUGCAGCUGAGCUGCCAGCAGCUGGUAGCGCGCACCGCCCGGCAGCUGCCAGCCCAGUCUGUAGCUGGCGGCUGGCGCCAGAGGACCGGCCCCGUGCUCAGGAGGAGGGGCGGCGCGGCCGGCGGUCCGGCGGCGCCGCGCGGCCGGACCGGCCGGCGCAGCUGGACGCGCCGCUGGCUGCGCGCCGCGCUGCCCUUCCAGGUGGCGCUGCUGCUGGCGCUGUGCGCCGCCUACCUGCUCGAGCCGGGCUGCUGCGACGACCUCAACUACCUGGCGCGCUCGCUGACCCCGCAGCUGCGCUACAUCAGCGGGCCGCCGCCCAUCUGAGCGGGCCGUCCAUCUGAGCGGACUCUGCCCUUCUGAGCGGACCCCGCCCGUCCGAGCGGGCCGUCCGUCUGAGCGGAACGCCCGUCUGAGCGGACUCCAUCGGUCUCGGCGGACCUGUCUCGGUGGACAGGGACAGCCUCCCUGGCCCUGUCACCGGGGUUCCCGGGACCACGGACAGCCUCCCGGGACACGGACAGCCUCCCGGGACCUGUCACCGAAGCCCGUCCCUGGAAUCGUGACGGCUGAGAGCGGAACUUUGGUCUAUAAAGGAUCAACGGAGCUUACCCCAUGUAUCGUGUGGGCCUGACUGCCCGGCCGUUUUCUGGGCUAGCUGGGAAAAAGUGCAUGUUUAGGGUUCUUCCAGUCGGGGACAGACAACGGCCGUCACGUCUGACCAACGAGAUGGCAAGUGCCCGCGUACAUACCCUUGGGCUGGGGAUCUGCAUGAUGUGUGUCGCCGUAGAAAAUGGAGUGAGCUGAAAAAGUGAAUGUUCGUCUUUUGGAGUGAGCUGAAUCGUCUUAGCUAUUUCAUCAGGAAUGCUUUUCCUAUAUAAUUAUCCGAAUCUCGAUCUGACCGCGUAUUCAGCACAUUCAUGACUAUUGACGAUAUUGUGCCGAUGCAGUCGAGUGCCGACCAUUGUGAAAUGAGAGCUAACAGAAAUUAGUACUAUUGGGUGCUUACAUCGAUACUGCGUGCCAGUUGAGUGCCGUAUUGGUAACAACAAAUGACUAGCGUCAUGUCUAGGCGAGUGUGUAAUUUAUAAUGAGAUCGAAAAGGUUGACAACUGCUUCAGAAUAGUCGAUUUGAUAUCUGGUACCUACAUCUACAUUUAUAGUAUUUAGUUAGCUUACUUGAAUAACGGGUAGGUUGGGUUGGCAAGAGUUCAAGUAGAAUAUAAAACGAUGAUUGAUGCUAAAACUGCGAAAAAAUUGUGACAUCAUUCAAGCUUGUCAUCAUACAGUUGUUGAAUAUGGAGUAGAUUGUUCGGUGACAACGAUUACUGAUGUAGUUGCUUUCUAAUAAGUCGUAGUCACACACACACGGCAGUGCCACUGCGUCGACUGUGGUGUCCGAGUCAUUGUGGCCUUCGCUGGCUUCCUCAGGCGGUCAGACUGCCGGUCAGCUGAGACGAGGCUUGGUGAUGUUUUAGUUGUCGAGUAAGGCCUGGGUACGGUGGGGUGCUCUCAGCACACCGCUCAUAGCUGCACUGUGCCAGCCGGGGCAGUCGGGCCGCGUUCACCCGCCGUGCGAUGCGCGCGAUGCCUGCAUGUCGGCCGUCGGCCUGCUGUUUCUGCCUGUGUGGGCGAGGAGGGCUGCUGGUCGACCCUGUAGGCCUGCUAGCGGCUCGGUGAGUGGAGCCCACGCGGCGCAUGCCGACAAUGCCGCUGCGUCUGUUCGCGCGCCUCCACCCGAAGGUGGCCGGGCCAGUGUCGUGUCGCCGGUGGCAGACGACCAUAGGUGUAAGCGGGGCGGCCGCGCGGGGCCGAGAAAUCACUGCACAAAAGCGCUCCUGACGACCGAUUCACGCAACAGGCGACACGGCAACCUAGUCACUGAACCUGCGCAUCGGCCAAAUUGGUGAAACAAGUACAAACGCUCGACUCAUUUGUUUGGAUGGAUGACUGGAAUCUAUCUGGGCGUGCGUACGUGAGAAGAAAAUGUCUCAUCUUAUGCACUUCGAUUUGCUAGGAAGUGACUGGAUACAUGAAAUUCUGCUGUGUUCAGAUUUGUCAAGUUGCUGUUGUUCUUGGCCGGUGUUUAUCGCGCUCGACAUGAUUUCAUUCAUAAUACAUGGUCGGUUUUUA